GUCAUAGAGCAGUAGAACACAGUCUCCCUUGUGCCUCUCAGUAUUAAAUGUCUGCUUGUCUUUUUAUUUCUUUUUUUUAAUAAUGGGCAGCUUAAAAAUAAGAGACUAUGACAGCAUCACAUCUUUUCUUGGAUCUUGGGGAGCCUUUCAGCGAAGGAUUUUUUUAGCACUAGCGAUCAGCAUCCUACCAAAUGGGUUUGUUGGCAUCUAUAUAGUAUUUGUAGCUGAUACCCCACCUCAUGAGUGCUAUAUCCCUGGAAACUACAGCAUCAAAGACAUGUGGAGAAAUGUGACGAUUCCACUGGAAACAGUUGAUGGCAUUGCAAAGCGCAGCUCUUGCUCACGGCUUAACCUGGAAAUCGUCAGGAACUACUCUCAAAGAAAUAUCAUCCCAAAUGUGGACGUGAAUGUGAGUGAAAUUCCUUUGGAGAGUUGUCUGGAUGGGUGGACAUACAGCAAGGAAAUCUACCAGUCAACCAUUGUCACAGAGUGGGACUUGGUAUGCGAGAAUGGAUACAAAUCUCCGCUGACAACUUCUAUCCAUUACAUUGGUGUGCUAGUGGGAGCCUUUGUCUCAGGCCAGAUUUCUGACAGGUUUGGAAGGAGGCCAGCUCUCUUUCUCAUGAUGGCUCUUCAGAAUGUGGCGAUCACAGCGCAGAUAUUCUCCCCGAGCUGGGAGAUCUUCACCCUCAUGUUCUUCUUCGCGGGUGCAGGGGGAUUCUCCAACUAUACCAUUGCAUAUGUGCUGGGUACAGAAACUCUAAGCCCAAAAGCCAGAGUGGUCUUCUGCUCCCUUGGGGUUUUUAUGAGCUCUGCUUUGGGGUAUAUGGCAAUGCCAGCUGUGGCUUACUUCCUCCGUGAAUGGCGGUUACUGCUGAUACCCAUGGCUGCCUCUGGCCUGAUCUACAUCCCUCUGUGGUGGUUGGUCCCGGAGUCUCCUCGCUGGCUGCUCUAUCAGGGAAGAUUGAAAGAGGCUGAGGCCAUACUGAGAGACGCCGCCAAGGCAAAUAACAUAGAGGCUCCGCAGGACAUUUUUACACAAGAUGAGGUCGAAGAUGCACUGGCUAUGAAAGACAAGAAAUACAACAUUUGGGUUAUCCUGAGCAGCUGCAAUGUGUUCUCUGUUAUAUUACUGUGUUCAUUUCUCUGGAUCAUCAUCACCAUAAGUUACUAUGCUUUAAUCCUCAACACUUCUAACCUGCACGGCGACCCUUACAUGAACUGCUUCUUGUCUGCUGUGACAGAAGUGCCAGCUUACAUAAUUGCCUUAUUACUACUCCAGUACUGUUCCAGGCACAUCUGCCAAUCUUCUACACUCUUCCUUGGAGGUGUUAUGAUCCUCUGUGUUCAACUCAUUCCAAUAGAUUUACCAGGUGUGGCUGUGUUUCUUGAGAUGUUGGGGAAGUUUGGCAUUACAUCCGCAUUUUGUGUGGUGUAUGCGGUUUCAUCAGAGCUUGUCCCCACUGUUAUCAGAAAUACAGCAAUGGGGUGUUGUUCCAUGGCUGCUCGUGUCGGAACCAUCGUCUCUCCCUUUAUCAUUUAUCUGGGACAAUACUACAAGGCACUGCCAUACAUAUUGAUGGGAUGUUUAGCCAUUUCUGGUGCCUUCUUAUGUCUCCUGCUGCCAGAAACAUAUGGGAAGGCUUUGCCAGAGACCAUAUCACAAAUGCAGCCGAUAUACGGGAGGAGAGGAAAAAAAGAAAAGGAAGCUGAAAAUGAGGAGUACACAGCUGAUUAUCAGAGUAAAGAAUCCAGGUUGUAGUUUUGUUUUGUUCUGUGUGUCAAAGAUACUGUUAUGAAAACAUAGUCAUAGAGUGUAACUACACAUGAUACAUUUAAACGCCAUACUUGCUGUAUUAAGUGUAUUAUUGUAACUGCAUCUGUAACCUAUUAAACUCACCAUGGAGACUGUUA